AUGUACUGUUGGGCCAAGCUGAGGUCCUCUGGUUGGAUUUAUCCCACUGCUGUGCUUUCGCUCUAUGGAUUUUUUGCCAAUUGUAGAGUGGCAGAGCCCUUUCUUACACCAUACCUAAUUGGACCACAUAAGAACAUCUCUGAAGAAGUGGUGACUAAUUACUUGUUCCCCAUCUGGACAUACUCCUACCUGGUCAUUCUCUUCCCUGUAUUCUUGCUGACUGACUUCUUGAGGUACAAGCCCCUCAUUGUUCUACAGGGGCUCUUUCUGGUGACCAACUAUAUCCUGCUCUGCUUCGCCUCCAGCCUGCCUGCAAUGACCUUCCUUCAGGUCAACUAUGCCGUGGUAACUUCCACAGAGGUGGCCUAUUUCUCUUACAUCUACAGUGUAAUACCAACUGAGAGGUACCAGCAAGCCACUGGUUACUUGCGCAGUGCUAUGCUGGCUGGGUACACUUUUGGGGCCACCCUGGGCCAGCUGCUGGUCUCCCUGGCAGGGAUGGACUACUUCUACAUCAAUGCUAUCACUCUGGGGAUAAUGAGUGUAGCUUUUAUUGUGUCCCUCUGGCUACCCCUGCCUCAGCGCGGCAUUUUCUUCCAAGGUAAAAUAGCUGGGUCCCAGCGGGAGGAAGAGGUAAUGGAGGAGAAGAAGGGGGGUGAUGAAGAGGCCGUGAAGAAUGAGAAAGAGGUUGGCACAGGGGCACAGAAGACAAAAAGGCAGGGCAGCGGUAAUUGGUGCAGCAGGGAUAACGUGGUCCAUGCUAGCCAGCUGCUCUGGAGAAGCUUCAAGGAGUCCUACUCUUCCAGGCAUUUGGUCUAUUGGUCCUUGUGGUGGGCAUUGGCCACAGCCGGAUAUGUGCAGGUCUUCAACUACAUCCAGCUGAUGUGGGACCACAUUGAGCCUUCAGCAACAUCAUCCAUCUACAAUGGAGGGGUAGAGGCUGUCUGCACUCUUGUAGGUGCUGCAGCUGCCCUCUCUGUGGGUCAUGUCAAGGUGAUGUGGGACGUGUGGGGAGAGAUGGCUUUAGGCUUAUUCUCAGCAGUGGGAACGGGAGCCGUGUUUCUCAUGGGGCUCACCAACAGCAUCUGGGCCUGUUAUGCUGGUUAUGUUGUUUUCAAAGCCUCCUACAUGCUCCUCAUCACUAUUACGACAUUUCAGAUUGCAUCCAACCUCUCUAUGGCAUGCUAUGCUUUGACAUUUGGAAUCAACAAUUUUGUCGCUCUCUCACUGCAGACCAUUGUCACAGCUAUCGUAAUAGAUGAAACUGUGCUAGGACUGGAUAUUGUGACACAGUUCAUCAUCUACGGCAGCUACUAUGCUGCCAUUUCGGCGCUGUUCCUGAUUCGAGGGACAUACACAGUGUGUACGUAUCACUGCAGCGCUAAAAGGAGAGACCAAGGAGCAAAAGAGCCCAAAUACAAUGGCCUUGUCCUCAGAGGAAGCAGGAUCGUCGUGCCAAGGUCAGUGAGAGCGGUGAUCUCAAGUGAGAGCACCACUCUGAGAUCCUUCGCCAUCAGGACGCAGCAAGAAGCAGAGCUGAAGCGGAACCGCCGUCACCUCCAACCAGGGCCGGCUCCCCAGCUCAUCCCAACAGCAUCCGGUGAGAGCACAGGGACAGACACCCACUCUGACGGAACCACCAUGUUAGAGACUGUUCUUGUCAGUCAGAGUGUGGCUACAUCCACACCCCCUCUACCCAGUCAGACUGUGUGGACGGCUGUUUCACUGAUACUGCAUGCCAUUGAACCACUGUCCAACAUGCCACCCAUUGUCACUGUCCCACCCAUCACCACAGGUGUGAAGAAAAAGACUGUCACUGCUGCCAACUCUGUGAAUAUUCUGAUAAACAACUUUAAAAGAGGCAUGACUUGCAGCACGGUGACACACCUUGAAUUGGGACAAAUGCUGGAGAGGGGCAAGGAGGAUGACACACAUGACGUUGAGCUUGGAGGGAAAGAGGUGAGGGACUGGGAGUGUGGCACGGCUCAGACUCUGCUAGGCUUGUUGAUGGUGGAUUGGGAUCGCUUGCUUUCUGAGUUUCACCCUCACAACCCCUGCAACCUACCUCUUCCGUUCCCUCUGGACCUCCACGACGCUCGGCUUCACCUGAGUAUCCACUCCUCACCACCAGAGUUGGGGAGCGUUCACGUUCCCCAUCACCGGACUCUGAUCCUGAGGUCCCCAGCGCCUCCCAACGGGCACGGCAUGCCCUACGGCGCCACUGAUGCCAUCUGCUGGCAGACUGGCAGCACGGCUCUGCUUUUCCCCGGUCACUCAUUCCCUCAACUACAAAUACGAGAGCAAAGAGAAAGCCCUGGUGAAGGCAGGGAAGAAAGAACAGGUCCCAAGAUUGAGGAUGCUGAGGAGGCUGGACGUACAGAGGGACUUGUCCAGGUUCUCCUCCAGCUGUGGAGGGACUUCCUCCAGUGUUACUCUUCCCCGCAGCUGCUAUACUGGUCAGUUUGGUGGGCACUGGCCACCUGUGGCUACAACCAGACUGCCAACUACGUACUGUGGGAGGAUGUGCAGCCUUCCCAGAAUUACAAUGGAGGGGUGGAGGCUGUUUCAAACCUGUUCAGUGCAGCCACAGCCUACAGUGUAGGCUUCACUCAGGUGAACUGGGCUCAUUGGGGUGAGUUAGCCCUGGGUGGCCUCUCUGUCCUGGGGGCUGCAGCACUCUUUGCAAUGACCUUCGCAGGCAAUAUCUGGGUCUGCUACACUGGCUACAUCGUUUUCAAGUGCCUAUACAUGCCAUCAAUUACCAUAUCCAUGUACGGUGCAGCUGAUCUGUCACUAGAAAGAUUUGCACUCAUCUUUGGAGCAAACAACUUUGCAGCUUCAGCUCUACAGACCAUUAUCACCUCCAUAGUGGUCGACAGUGGAGGGCUUGGUCUGCACAUCGUCCAGCAGUUUACCAUAUAUUCCAGCUACUACUCAGUCACUGCCAUUAUAUUCUGUCUGCAGGGAAUAUUCACCAUUUGCAGAGGAAAGAAAACCCAGUUGGAGUCAACGCUUAAGAAAAAGUGUUCCCCAAGACCCUGA